AUGUCUGCUGUGUUUCAUAACUAUAAUGAUGUGAAUAUUAAACCGCCUCCUCCCAUCCCUCUUGAAGGUCUGCUGGCUGAUAAGAACGAUUUGCCUGCCGAGGAGGAAGAGGACGAGCGGAACCUCAACUACAACCCUCCCGCUCAGAAGUCUCUCCAGGAGAUUCAGGAACUGGACAAAGAUGAUGAAAGUCUGGUGAAGUACAAGCAGACCCUGCUGGGACCAGAAGCAAUCACAGCCGACCUCUCAGGACCUAAUGUCAGUGUGACCAGGCUGACCCUGCUGUGUGAGGAUGCUCCUGAACCCCUCAGCAUGGACCUCACAGGAGACCUGAGCGUGCUGAAGGAGAAGAGCUUCACCUUACAGGAUGGAGUGAAAUACAGGCUAAAGAUUCACUUUAAAGUGAACAGAGAAAUAGUUUCUGGCCUGAAGUACCGUCAUGUGACUUACAGAAAAGGAGUAAGAGUGAACAAGGUGGUGUGCAUGGUGGGAAGUUAUGCCCCGCGGGCGGAGGAGCAGGAGUUUCUGUGCCCAGCCGAAGAGGCGCCCAAAGGCGUGAUGUCUCGUGGCCAGUAUCUAAUCAAGUCCUGUUUCACCGAUGACGACAAGAAUGCCUAUUUAUCCUGGGAGUGGAACCUCAACAUCAGCAAGGACUGGAAUUAA